UUGGGUGGACGAUGUCGCUUGGGACACUGUAGACAUGGUGGAGUUUUUGGCUUUCUUUUGAGAGAAGACGUGCCUUUGAGCAUGUCUUGCAUUUUGCAGUUGGUCGUUUGGAGUUUAUGCAUGGCUCCAAAUCUGAGCCCAUCUCCUGUCAAUGGACGGGAUAGAUAGAUAGAAGCGUUGAGAGCGGAAGAAGCAACGGAACGUAUUUCCCAAGGCCCAGAGGCCUCUUACUCUCGGUCCACAAUUUUCACUACAAGACUCAGUGGUUCCAGGUAGUCAAAGACAUGAUGUGCGUCAUGCGGCUCAAAGGCGUCCGUUUGACAGCCCCUUCUUCUUUUCGCGGAUGCUACGUCUCGGCCCAUGGCACCGGGCUGUGGCAUCUCGUAUUCCGGCAUUUCAACCGCGGCUGCGAAUCCGAUUGGCAGAGACGACUGUGCCGCGGGACUAUAUUACGACGUUCCCUACCGCUUUGGUCGCCAAGGGUCGUCACAUAUCAGAAAGGGCAGUCGAUGCUGGGCGAGGUCGAGCUGGAGCCUGAGUUUCCGGAUACUGUGUCGCAGACGGAGUCGGGGGCCGGCAGGAUGGUGCCCCAUUUAUUUCACCGGAUGACGGCCACCACUUGGGCAUCCUUGGUCCCGUCUGCUCACGCCCGCCUUCCCGUCUUUCCAUCGUGGUCAAACCAGGCAUCUUGAUUGAGAUGAUUGCUCAGACGGGUAGCAGCCGUGGUCCACUAGCUUUCUGAGAGGACGGGGUGUGCCUCGGCGUUUGCGUCAGUUGUGCGUAUCC